CACUUCCGGGUAGCAUGUGGCCGCAGGUGCGACUCCUCUGACCCCUCGACUGAGGCAGUGUGGGACUCACAGCGGAUAUUGCGGUAGCCCUGCGCCAAUGGCGUCUCAGUAUGACCGGGCAAUUACUGUCUUCUCCCCGGACGGACACCUACUCCAAGUGGAAUAUGCCCAGGAAGCGGUAAAGAAAGGAUCCACCGUGGUUGGAAUUCGAGGUGCUGAUAUAGUUGUGCUUGGGGUCGAAAAAAAAUCUGUUGCCAAGCUUCAAGAUGAAAGAAUUGUGAGGAAAAUUUGUGCCCUUGAUGACCAUGUCUGCAUGGCUUUUGCAGGACUGACUGCUGAUGCAAGAGUAGUAAUAAACAGAGCUCGUGUGGAGUGCCAGAGUCAUAAGCUUACAGUUGAGGACCCAGUCACUGUAGAAUAUAUAACUCGCUUCAUAGCAACCUUAAAGCAGAAAUAUACUCAAAGCAAUGGACGAAGACCUUUUGGUAUUUCUGCCUUAAUUGUAGGUUUUGACAAUGAUGGUAUCCCAAGAUUAUAUCAGACUGAUCCCUCUGGUACUUAUCAUGCUUGGAAGGCAAAUGCAAUAGGUCGAAGUGCUAAAACUGUCCGAGAAUUUCUAGAAAAGAAUUACACAGAAGAUGCUAUAGCAAACGACAGUGAAGCUAUCAAAUUAGCAAUAAGAGCUUUGCUGGAAGUUGUCCAAUCUGGUGGAAAAAACAUUGAACUUGCUAUAAUAGGAAGAAAGCAACCUUUGAAGAUGUUUAGUGCCAAAGAAAUUGAAUUACAAGUAAAUGAAACAGGAAAGAAAAAGGAAGAAGCAAAGAAGAAAAAAUCAAAGAAGACUGCCUAAUUCUUAGGAUAAACCCUGGGAGCUUUUAAUAUUUUGUUGUGCUCCUUAGAAUUAUUUAGUGAAAUUUUAAGGAAAUAAGUUAAUUUGCAACAUUACAUUUAGUAGUUACGUGUUGUUUUGAGAAUGCCAUAUUUGUGGCUGUCUUCAGUCUAUUACAUGGACAAACAUACAUUAGUAUGAAGAUUUUCUUUGAAAAGAGAGUUCAGUAAUUGUUGAAAGCAGUCAAGAUUUUACAUAAGCCCGAGACUAUAUAACUUGCCUUGUAUGUUACUUUUUUCAUACAUGCAAAUUUAAUUAAUAAAAAUGUUUAAUUAAAAAUUAAUAAUUUGGUGCCAUUUGAGCAUAGACUGUCAGUUAAAGAUAGCUAUUCCAAAAUAAACUGAAUAUACUAUUGACUUGCA